CGUCGGGAGUGGUUGCUCUCGUACCUAUGGUUACAGACUACAGCGGCAGAUUCAAGCGCAUGAGUUCAGAGAGAUCAGUUGAACGUCUGCAGAAUGAGAAAGUAGAUCGUGAUCUGAAUAUGAAGGAAGUGGAUUCCAGGGACAGCUGCUUCUAUAAACACAAGAAACG